GGUGGGUCGGGCCGGGGGCGGCGCUCGCUGCCCGCACCUCGACGGGGCGGGCCGGGCUCAGCAGCACCGAGGCGGGGCGGCGCGCAGCAUGCGAGCUGCAGCCCCGGCGCUCGGAGCCACUGACCGCCAGCAUGGGGCCGGCACUGCUCCUGGGGCUGCUUCUCUCCCGAGCCGGAGACCUCAUGGCUCUGCCCAGCAGCGACUGUGUCAUGGCAGAGCAGCUCUGCCUCUCUGACUCCACCUGCAAUGCCACAUACAGGACCCUGGAAAACUGUGCCCUGGCCAAGACUCGCCUCCUUUCACUGGAUCACGAUAGCAGGGUCAGAUGUCUGAAUGCAGAGCUUGACCUCGGGAACAGCUCUUUGCUGCACUGCAAGUGUCACCGGCGCAUGAAGAGACAGGAGCACUGCUUACGCAUUUUCUGGACCGUUCACUCCAGCAUGACAGAUGGUUAUCUCAAUUUGGAGACCUCUCCCUAUGAGAAUUCAGCAAAUGAAGAACACUGGAAGACAGAUUAUAAUAAACUGGCCGCGCUGGUAUCAGGCUCACACUUAGCAGGAGAUGCAACAAAUCCAUGUCUGAGAGCAACACACGUCUGUAAUCUGAGCAAGAAGUGUUUUCGUCUGCGCACAGACUAUGCCUCCAUCUGCACCAAGGGAGCAGGAAGUGAGGAUGUGUGUGACCGGCGCAAGUGCCACAGAGGGCUAAGGAACUUCUUUGAGAAAGUUCCUGAGGAUUUCACCAAAAGGAUCCUGUUCUGUCCAUGUCAAGAUGAAUUUUGUGGAGAAAGACGGCGCAAAACUAUUGUUCCUGAUUGUUCUUUCCAGUAUAACACCAAACCAAAUUGCCUCUGGCUUCUGGACUCCUGCUUAGAAGACCAUAUCUGCAAAUCCCGAUUGGCUGACUUCCAACAAAAUUGUCAACCUGUAGACAUGUCUCCAGAUGGCUGCUCUCUGCACAACCAUGCUGCAUGCCUGCAGGCUUACAUGGGGAUGAUUGGCACACCCAUGACACCCAACUAUGUCAGUAACUCCAGUGUGGAGGUUUCCUUGUGGUGUACAUGUGAGAACAGCGGCAACCAGAAGGAGAAGUGUGACCAGAUACUCGACAUGUUUGAGAGCAACAAAUGCCUUGAAAAUACCAUUUGGUCUCAAAUGCACCUGAAGCAGACAGCUCUAGAAAGACAGGAAGACUUAUUUUAUUCAUCUUCCCUAAGCUUCCAAGGAGACAGUGCCAGCACAUCUCUCUCUUCGGCAAUGUCCCAGGUGGCUGAAGGGAAGACACAACGAGACAGCUCCAAACAGAGCAGUAUGCCUAUGGCCUCCUCUGUAUUUUCUGGAGCUGCUACUUCCUGGCCUUCUCUGGCUCUGUUCCUGCCCCUGUUGCUUAGCCCACAUUAAUGUGGCAUAAAUGGAAUCUUUCCUUCUCAUAUUAUUAAUAUUAAUCCAUAUCCAGGCAUGUCCCAAUACAGAUUUACCUUUGGGAAACAGAAGGCUUUCAACAAGAGGAAUGGCCUUAACCCAGAAUGGCAAUCACUGGAAACCUCCCACAUACUUGCACCCCGCUUUCCCCCUGUCAGUUUGCAUUGAGCUCUGCAGGUACAGUUCUCACCAUUGCUUCUGCUGUGUACACAUUCUGAGUAACAGGCUAAUGUUCCAGCUUAAUAGGCUAAAUCAAAGGUCUGAUUUCUUUCAGAAUUUGUGCAGAUUUUGGUUUCUGACUGUAGGGAUGACCUGACAGUGUCUCUGACCAUCCCACCAUCUGAAGCUCCUCCUCAGGCAUACAAUAAUUGAAUGGUUUGGGUUUGAAGGGACCUUAAAAAUCAUUUAGCUCCAACCCCCAUGCUAUGAGCAGGGACUACCUUCCACUAGACCAGGUUGCUGCAAAUCCCAUUCAACCUGGCCUUGAACACUUGAAGGGAUGGGGCAAGAACAGCUUCUCUGGACAAUCUACGCCAGUGCAUCACCACCCUCACAGGGAAUAAUUUUUUCGUAAUAGUCAAUCUAAACAUACCCUCUUUCAGUUUAAAAAUGUUGUUCCAUAUCCUGUCCCUAGAGACCCUGGAAAAAAAGUCUCUCUCAGUGCUUAUCAUCCCCCCUGAUGUAUUGAAAAGGCACAACAAGGUCUCCACAGAGCGUUCUCUUCUCCAGGCCAAACCACAUCAACUGUCUCAGCCUUUCUUCUUAGGAGAGGAGUUCUAGCCCUCUGAUAAUUUCCAUGGCCUCGUCUGAACCUGCUUGAACAGGUCCAUGUCUGUCAUCUGUCAUGUACUGGGCCCCCCAGAGCUGGAACGCUGAACUCUGGAUGAGGAGGUGGGCUGGAGUAGAGGGGAAGAAUCACCUCUCAGCCUGCUGGCCAUGCUUCUUUUUAUGUAGCCCAGGCUGCAGGAUGGCUUUCUGGGCUGCAAGUGCAUUUUACCGAAUCAUGUCUAGUUUUCCAUCUAGCCAUGUAUCCAAGUCCUUUGCUUCAGGGCUAAUCUCAAUCCAUUUCACUCCCCCACUCUGUACUGAUAUUGAGGGUUGCCCCAAACCAGAUGUGGGACCUUGCACUUGGACUUGUUACACUUAAUGAGUUUUGUUGGUAUCCAUUUCCCAAGCCUAUGAAGGCAUAGAGCAUAUCAUCCUAAAGACUACAAAGUCCCUGCUUCAGGGUGGGUUGCAAGUAAAGCUCAAUAAAUAUACAUGUGAAGUCCAUGGUAAACACCAUCUCUGGGUUACUUUCACUUCCCUUUUCAAAUCUAUUCUUUUAAGUAUAUGAAAAAUACCAGUCCAAAUCAAGAACACUAUACUAGAGUUUAUGCUCCAUUCUGUUGUUCCUUCAACAUACACGUAAUCCAUUACCACAGCUACCAACACACUUGGGUUUUGUUGUUCAAGAUGAAUGGUGCUCAACUCCAGUAGAUUUAGGCUUAUCUAGCAAAAGAUGAUCUUGCCUGGCCUCAGGACAAACCUUCUCUGUAACCCUUAGAGAAUAUGUUUGGCUCAUUGAAGGCGCAUUGACCACAACCCCUGGGACAUACAGUUGCAAGAAUCUCCUUAUAUCUGUCUACAUAUUCAAGUUACCAUUGUCACCUUCCAGCCACUUGCCCCAUCUUCCUCUUCUGCCAAGCACUGUUUCAUAACUUGUUUAUUCUGAAUGUAAAUGUGUGCGCUGUGUAACUGCUGUUAGUUUGUACUGAUUUGUCUGUUAAAAUGUGGUGUUAAGUGAAUAUUGAUUUCUGAGCAUAGGUUAACAGUCUGCAAUCAAUUGUGUGCAAGAGUUGCCUCACCAGCCAGCCAACAUUUUCAAAUAGCCAGAAACUCAGCUCAAAACAGCUCCUCCAUGCACACAUGUAGAGCCCGUUGCUUAUACUGAGAGGCAACAGAUCUGAAUAAUACUAUAGACAUCCAAAAAAGGUUAUAAUCCUGAACACAGGCAGAGUAGCUGAGUAUUUCUUUUUAUCCUGUUUUAUCUGUUGCCAGGAAAGCACAGUCACUGUCAGACACCUUAUUACAGAAUCUUACAUCGUCAUGUGUAUCAAAGUAAUUAUCCUUCUUCAGUGGUGAUAUUUCCAUUUCCAAUUCCAGACUUCUGUUUAUUUCCUAGGCAGGUAGAGCAAAGAAAACAUGCAUGCAGCAGCAUCUUCUCCUCUGUCACAUAGAGAAGAAAUGUAUUAUUUACAUGCAGUAGGAAUGAAUAUGUUUUCUUAAUAAACAGGUGUACUAAUGCUGAUAUUUCUCAUUACCUACUGAAAUAUGGCUAUUUGGAGCAAGAGACAGCACUGUUUCCACAUGUUUGCCACCAUUAGUUAAUAAAAAUAGAGUCCGUGUAACCCUAAUAUAGUAUGUACAUUAGACCAUCCUCCAUAUGGUGGGACUGUAUCAAGAUUCUUGACUGUAAUGUAAUAGCAUCUGUCAUCUCUGGAAGUUAAUGGAGAGUGACAGGGAAGAAGAAAAUGUUAUUCUUUUCACUAUUCCACACACAACAGAGAGUAUUUGUGAGAAUAAUGGAGUAGAUUUCUGAGUGAUCUGUACCACACACACUGGUACACAAUGUACUGCACUGAUCUCCCACUCAUCUGUGCUGUGAUCUUCCCUCUUUCCCAAAUUUAGUGCUGUAAAACAGGUUGAUAUGCAAAAAGGGAUUAGCAUUUUAUUGUUCAUGUUUAGGGCACUAAAUUCCUACUAAGAAGGUUAUUUUUUGCAAUUGCAGUCUUCUGUCAUAUCCUGGAUUGUAUAGGAUAAUGCUUGACACUUGGACAAAUCAUACUCUAGACUGAAAUUGAAACAAAACAUGUCAGUUUAUUGGUUUUUUUUCCCCAAGCAUCCUGUGUCCUUUUUUUCAUGAACCUUUAUAUACACAGCUGCCUCUUAGCUUGUUCAUCAAUAACUGCAAGCAAAAUUCACUUCUAAUUACGCCUUCAUUCACAGGUACUCGCACUGUUGUGACUACAAACCCAUUUUCACUUAGACUUUUCUAACACCUGAUCUCCAUAUAUCACAGUUUUUCAACUAUACAGCAUAAAUGCAUGCACAACUUAACUGCUACUACAAAUGUCACUCCAGUAUCACUAUCAAUUCAGUUCUGUCAGCACCGUCAAUGUUCCAAGACUGGCACAUUUCCUAAACCCAUUCAGAACAGCCUACUAACCAUAGUACAGGGCAAUUAAGAACCCCUCUUCAGCUUCUGUUCCCAGAAAGUGGAAAACAACAUCCUGUGAGCACCUAGAGCCUCACAAAAGAUAAUCCACAAGACACAAAAUUAAUUCAAUAAAAAUUCUCUAUCCAGACAGUCUUAAAAAUGAGCAUUCAGCGAGCAUAUAGGAGGAGGGAACCUUCUAAUUACUGUAAUGUAGAUUUUUUAAAGAGUAAAAUAAUGUGAGGUCUGACUAAUAAAAUUUAUCUUGCAACUCUAGAAGUCUCCUGCCUUCCUU